CCCCGGUGCUCAUGUGUCACGCAGCUGCGCACCUCCUCCCUGGCGCCGUUGUUUCAUUUGCGCCAUUUUGUCCGCUCACUUUGUUGAUUGGGCUUUAGCGAGCUGUACUAGAGCCAAUCAGAGGGAAACCGGACAGCGAAGAUACGAGAGGGUUGUGACAAUAACAAGCCAUGGAGCAGUACACCACUGCCACCACCACUACUGGGGAGCAGAUAGUUGUGCAGACUGCCAAUGGACAGAUCCAACAGCAGACACAGGGCACAGUGACGGCUGUGCAGCUGCAAACAGAGGCGCCAGUGGUGACGGCCUCAGGCCAGCAGGUGCAGACACUCCAGGUAGUGCAAGGACAGCCUCUGAUGGUCCAGGUGAGCGGUGGACAGCUCAUCACAUCAUCAGGGCAACCAAUAAUGGUGCAGGCCAUGUCAGGGGGGCAGGGUCAAACCAUAAUGCAGGUCCCUGUAUCUGGAGCCCAGGGACUGCAGCAGAUCCAGCUGGUGCAGCCAGGUCAGAUACAGCUGCAGGGUGGUCAGACUCUCCAGCUCCAGGGCCAGCAGGGUCAGCCCCAGCAGAUUAUCAUCCAGCAGCCCCAGACAGCCAUCACUGCCGGACAGAACCAGGGGCAGCAGAUAAGCGUGCAGGGCCAACAGGUGGCACAGACAGCUGACGGACAGACCAUCGUCUACCAGCCUGUCAAUGCAGAUGGCACUGUCCUGCAGCAGGGAAUGAUCACCAUCCCAGCUGCCAGCUUGGCAGGCGCCCAGAUAGUACAGGCAGGGGGUGCCAACACCAACACUACAAACAGCGGCCAAGGCACUGUGACCGUCACCCUGCCCGUCUCCGGUAACAUGGUCAAUGCAGGUGGAAUGGUCAUGGUAAGACCCUGUGCAGAGAUGGUGCCUGGAGGCGGUGCAGUUCCCACAAUGCAGCGUAUCCCCCUGCCAGGGGCUGAGAUGCUGGAGGAGGAACCUCUGUAUGUCAAUGCCAAACAGUACCACCGCAUCCUGAAGCGCAGACAGGCCCGAGCCAAACUGGAGGCUGAGGGCAAGAUCCCCAAGGAAAGGAGGCAGAAAUACUUACACGAGUCACGCCACCGUCACGCUAUGCAGCGUAAGCGAGGAGAUGGAGGACGCUUCUUUUCACCUAAGGACAAGGAGGAAAUGGCUUUGGCACUGGCACAGCAACAGCAGGAGGCAGCCCAGGCAGCAGCAGAUGAGACGGUGGGGCAGAUGAUCCGAGUUGCAUAGCACUGUGGCCAACAUCAUCCCUUCUCUCUCUGAACUCUACCCCGCCUGAGACUCUUCAUCACAGCUAACCUGAUCUGCCACAUCUUCUACUCUCACUUUUACUCCCUCCUGCCCAGCCAUCAUACACCAAACCACAGCACCACCAGUGGGUUUGUUCUGUUUUCUCUCUACUCCUACACUGGUCUUCCAGGGAGCUGACCAUGUGGCUGCAGAGCCUGUGGACUGUUCUGGUCUUCUUCUCAGAAAUCAAGGAUGCUUCCACCCUCAGCUUAUCUGGUAGAGCCUUUUACAGCCAGCUUUUCAUUUUCACAAGGAUGUGUUUGGACAAUAAUGAAGCAUGAAGUCUUGGAUAACCAGGGCUAGUCACACAGAGUAAAUACCAGCUGUGAAGCCAUGUCAGACCCUGGUCUGUUAAAAAGAUGAGAAUUUGUCACCAGUGGAUAUUUGUUGCUUUAAAUAUUUUUUGUAAAUGGUACAGAUGUUGUGUUUUUCAGAGACACUUGUUAAGCAUUGGUGUCUCGUAUCUUUUAUGUGAUGCCCUGUAUUUUGACAUUUCUUUUUUUUUUCAUCCCAUGCACUGUGGGGGAUGGACUCAGCACCAUAAAUCCAACCUGCAUCCACUGAGCAGAAGCUGAAAUGUGAUAAUAAUGUGAAGAUAUUGUACAGAAUUUCUUUUCUUCCCCGGUGUGUAUCGGAUGUACUUACUAAUUUGCCCAGUACUGUGGAUGCAUUUUAUACAAUUUCGUGGUUAGACAUAGUGUUUGUAGGAAAACAUGACUGUGUUUUUAUCAUGACACAUUUUUCUCCAUGUAGUUAUUUCUUCAUCACUCAGUCCACCUAAGUGUUUUUGUUUUUUCAUUGUAGAUAAUAGAUUUUUUUACCCAUCAGAUGCUGUUCUGAAAUGUUUUUUUUUUUAUAUAACAGGAAGGAAGGUUGGACAUUCAUGAAACCUAUGUCAAUUAAAUUUUAUUAAGCGA